AUGGGUGCCAGCAGCAAAAGAAAGAAGGAGAGGAAGCAGGACUUCCAGAAACCCAAACUCAAGGUCGGCAAGGCCAGAGCCAAACCCGAUAACUUCACCGAUACCAGUUUCCGAUCUAAAGCUAUCGUCCUCACCCAACAAUCUCUCCAACUCACAGCCCCCACCUCCAAUGCUGUAUUCUCCCACCAUCUUUCUCUCCUCACAUCCAAGUCCGACAGCCAGCGUCGCGACUCGCUCGCCCACUUGACAUCUUCUAUCUCCUCCCGACCCGUCAACUCUCCUCUUCCUCAACCCGUCAGCGUCAUGCUCCCUGCUCUCACCCCACUCCUCCUCGACGGAAGCAACAAUGUCCGCACCCAGCUCCUCAAACUCCUGCGCACACUCCCCUCCUCCGAUGUACAGGACCACGUCGUCCAGCUCCUCCCCUAUGUCCGCGCAGGUAUGACCCAUCUUGCAGCCGAUAUCCGCGUCACAGCCGUGGAGGUCCUAUCAUGGCUCGUCGAGGCUGCAGGCGAGCAGGUCGUUGCCUGCGCAGGCGGGUGGAUCAAGACGCUGAACUGUUUCCUCUCCGUACUGGGAUGGCACACGGAGGAAUCAGCGCGUUGGUCGUCGAACCGGGCUUCGUUUGGAAAAUCAGGUAGCCAGGGACGGCCUAUGGUGAAGGUUCUGGGCGCACUUGCAGAUUUCUUGGAGGCGGGUGUUGGAGAGCCGGGCGCCGGUUUGACCGGGGAGGAACAGGAGAAGAUCGAUGAGAUUGUCGAUUCCGCUUGGCCGUUCCCUUUAUGCCAGACUGCUCAUCAUAUGAUUUCGGAUUCUUCGGCGCCGUACACUUAUUUGAAUCUUUUUGGCCAGCCGCGUGAUGCGGAGGGCGAGAUGUACGAGACUCGGGAAGACCGAUUCCGGGUCUUUUCGGCUCGCUUUUUGCUGGCUAUUCAGCGCGGAUUGAAGAGCGCGAGAGAGGAGGGUGGAGAGCUAGGACGGGCUUCUUCUGGAGUGUCCAAGGUUCUUAAGGGUGCCCUGUCGUAUGGACCCGGGCCGUGA